CGCCCGGUCUCGGCCCAGUAGGAACCUCCCUGAGAUGACCGGCCGAACGGUAGGGAUAAGAGCAAGAAAAGGACGGUCAAUUCUUUCUUCUCCAUUGCCCUUAUUGUUCUCCUGUUGGUGCAUAACUCCCAGCCAGCAGGCAACUUGCCGCACGUAUCAUAGACGAGCCUUGUUAAAGUCAGGUGCUCUUACUCACCCUUGGCUGUCUUUCUUGUCUAAUUCUUUUGAACAUUGCUUCUUUUGUAUUUUAUCAUUUCUUGGGUAGAAAUAAGAGGCCAUGCUCCCACUUUUGUUCCUAGUGGUCUUCCUUGCCCCCGGCGUCGUGGCUAACGUUGUCGCCGGAAAAUGGCAAGCCCUCUUCUUCUAUCAGCUCUACAGACUCGAAGUCGAGGCCCACGGCCUUGCCAGCUCGCGCAUGGCUCCGGGAUGCGCCAAAGCUGGCGUUGUCUGUGACAUGAAGGCCUUCAUGAAGGAAAUCAGCAUAGUCAAGAAAGUACGGGAGCUCGAUGCAAACGGCAAACCCAUCCAACCUAUCAAAAUUGUGGACGACCCUGAUUUUGGCAAGGUCAACUGGGCACAGCUCGGCGAGGGUGCAGACCUCGAGGCCUUCGGCACUGAAUUUGAUAAGGUCGGGUUCAAGGGCCGCAUAAGCAAUGUGCGGGUUUUUAAGGAUUGGAAGCAGAAGGACAGCUUUGCAACUGUUAUGAGUGAGGCGGAGGAUAUUGCCCUUAAGGCCAUUGCCAAGCUCAAGGCCGAUGGCAAGGAGCCUGCCGAUGACCGUUUCAACAAGAUGACAGCUGCGCUCAAAACCCAUGGCGAUGCCCGGCGUUACGAUCAAGCACAGAAGAUCGCCAAAGACUUUGAAGAGAAGAUGACCAAGUUGGGGGGUUUUAGUGUUGCGUACACCGAUCCCAUAGAGAGGCCUCCAGUGCCGGGUUACAGGAAGAUUGAUGCGGACCAGACCAUCAGCGAUAACACGGGCAGGGUCGGGUUUGACAAGGUGGAGCAGACGGUCAGAGACCAUGUCGCCAAAUUUAAUAGCGCGGGACAUUCACCGAGCCAUGUCGAGGCUAUUGUCAAGACGCAGGAUGUGCAUGACCACCUUGCGGAGGCGUGUAGAAAAUAAUGAUGUUCUAUUUUGUUAUAUAGAAGACAGC